AACUCGGCGUAUCGAAUGGGUUUUGAUUACAUGCGCAUGGUGUCGGUGUUUUAAUUUGAUUAAAUUGAUAUAUGUUUUACCAAAAAAAAAAAAAAAAAGACACAUACAGUUAUUUUUUUAGUGGUGGUUUUAAAUGGGAAACACGAAUGAUACGCACAUUUUAGCUACAUUAUUUGUUUGUCAAAUGACUACAAACAGCUACAUUUCGUUUUCAAUCCCAGAUCGAAUCCAUUCCUUUGGUCUGCGCAAGAGAAGCGUUCUCAUUGGUCCAUAGCAGCAGGCGCCAAAAUAGCAGGAAGUAAUAGUUGUAAACACGGAAGUGGAGAUUGUAGUGGCGUCACUUACGGAUUUAAAUUUUCAUUCCUUCUGCUGCGGCUGUUUAACAAGAUGGACACACUGUCGUAUCUUCCCGUCCAACCCGGAGUGUGCAUGGAAGAACAUUUCUUCUCCCUGGACGACAUUCUGCUCUCGCAUGAGCGACUUCCCAUCUGCACACAAGUGACUUUUCCCCGGCUUGGAUUUCUGGAGAAGUCCAGCGACUCGUCGGACAUCCCGGAGGGCACAAAAAUGGAGUUUCCGCUGUGGCUUUCCAAGGGUUUGUAUGAACAGAACAAAGGGAUGUUGUCUGUGGAGCUGCCAAAGGUCUACAGAGAAGGAUGGAGGACGGUGUUCAACGCUGACCCCACUGUGGUGGAUCUUCACAAGCUGGGACCUUACUACUAUGGCUUGGGCUCACAGAUGCUGCACUUUGACAGUCCAGAGAACACAGAAAUUGCACAGACAUUGCUUCAGACGUUCAUCGGCCGAUUCCGACGCACCAUGGACUCUUCGCAGAAUGCCUACAACAAGGACACUUCAGCACUGGUGGACCGUCUGGACUGUAUCGAGAAGGUUCUGUUCCGCUCAGGUCAGCUUGGCCUCAACAGUUUCCAGAGCUGGGAGAAAGGACAUGCCUCCCAGCUCACCGCCUCCAGCCUGGUGCUCAACUACCGCAAGAGGAAGAUGGCUGACGUCCAGUCGUGAUCUCAGGAACGGCAAAAGACUUUUAACCGUCUUUUCUUUCCCCGUCGAUCAUUCUCUACGCAUCCUGUUCAGGUAUGUCUUCUUCGGUGGAACUUUUACCAAUAAAACCAAUAGACUUUUUUUUUUCAUUUCAAUUUGGGAGUACUACACAACCAUCAUUACACAACAUGAUGUUGCACAUGUAUUUGUAUAGAACAAUCAAAGAAAGAGUUGUGCUUUUUUCCUUAGGGUAAUAAAAAUAUAAAAAGGCACAAGGUGCAAUAAAAAUAUCCAGAGAACAGGAAACACUGCUGUCUUGCC